CCCGAUCUGCUCGACCUCCGACUCCGACCUGCUCGCCUAGCUUGCACUUGCCUGACUUCCAAUUUUCUGUGGAGGUUGUUGUACCCAUUAUGGCACAGAAUACUAGUAGUACAACGCCAGCAGCUCUUCCCCAGCUCAGGUCGUCAGUAUCGCAAGCCCUUUGGGGCCACCUCCGGCAAAUGAACGUCCCUCUAGCUCUUAAGGGCAAGACGGAACUAUCCUCGGCUCCAACUCCGGUUACUCCAGUAGACAAGGCUGGGACAUCGAUGCGCAUGCUCCUGCACGAUACCCAGGCGACCCUCGAGAAGUUUUCGGGACAUAUCGAGAGGCUCACGUCUAAGGUCGACGACGCGAAGCGCGAGGUAACAACAGCGCACAAGGCCUUUCAGUAUGGACACGAGAAAAUGCUAGAAGAAAGCAUCGCUUUGCGUGAGUGGAAAUGCGCAUAUACCCGACUGGUCUGCGUGGCUAGGGCAGCAUACACUCCAUCAUACUAACUUUUCUUUCAGUGAAUCGCUGUCAGACAGAGAUCCAGAAGUCCGUUGGAAAACCUGCCCAAUCAACUGUUUUGGAUGAGACACGCCAGUCCCUCAUCGUCCUUGACCGCAAGGUUGACGCUUUGGAUAGGAGGGCGGACGCUUUGCAUAUAGUGAGCACAUCUCAUCAAAGC